AAAUUUAUAAAAGCACGAUUUAUAUAAAUUUCGAAACACAUGAUUUUCACUAUUAGUAUUUUUAAUGUUGCAGCUGAACAAGAUACAAUACGAAUAUUUAUAAUAUUUAUAUUCUAUACACUUAAUUGUAUUUAAUACGAUUUUAUAAAUAGUGUAAAAAGAUUUUGAAAAUUUUAACUUGGUGGACCUUGCCCGGGGCAAAGGUUGCAUGUUCCGCACCAUUCUGCACCAUUUCACGUCAGUAUCUGGUGCAGUGGGUGUGCAAAGUAGUGUAGUCUCUUUUUCAAUAGAAAAAAUAUCAUUUAUAAUGGCAGCUGUAACAAAAUUAACUAAAAUGAAUUUCGUAAGCAGACGUUUGUACAGUUCUAAAGUCAAAUUAAACGAUGUCGUGAUAGUGAGUGCUGUGCGUACUCCAAUGGGCUCGUUCCUUGGCUCCUUGUCAAGUAUGUCAGCCACCAAACUUGGCGCAGUAGCUGUGCAAGCAGCUAUUGAAAGAGCACGCAUUGCCAAAGAACAAGUUAAAGAAGCAUACAUAGGCAACGUCUGUCAAGGUUUCCUGGGUCAAGCACCAGCAAGGCAGGCUGUAAUAUUUGCAGGUCUCCCUAAGUCAACGAUAUGCACGACAGUAAACAAGGUCUGCGCAAGUGGCAUGAAAAGUGUCAUGUUGGCUGCUCAAUCUCUGCAGUGCGGCCAUCAGGAAAUUAUCUUGGCGGGUGGUAUGGAAUCCAUGUCCAACGUGCCAUAUUACUUAGCACGUGGUACAACACCGUACGGUGCGGUGAAACUCGAGGACGGUAUUGUUUUCGAUGGCUUGACCGAUGUCUACAAUAAGUGUCACAUGGGUAACUGCGCCGAGAACACAGCUAAAAAGCUGAACAUCAGUCGUCAGCAGCAGGACGAUUAUGCUAUCAGCAGUUACAAACGUAGCGCAGCGGCUUACGAAAAUAAUGCGUUUAAAGAUGAACUCGUGCCCGUUAACGUGCCUCAAAAGAAGGGUAAACCGGAUGUGAUUUUCAGCGCGGAUGAGGAAUAUAAAAAAGUCAAUUUCGAGAAGUUUACCAAGUUGAACACGGUGUUCCAGAAGGAAAAUGGUACAGUAACGGCUGGAAACGCGUCUACUCUGAAUGACGGCGCUGCCGCUCUGAUUUUGACAACUAGCGAGGUCGCUCAAGGACUGAAUCUCAAGCCCCUAGCUAGAGUUGUAGCCUUUCAGGAUGCGGAAACCGAUCCCAUAGACUUUCCAAUCGCUCCGGCUCUUGCCGUGCCAUCGUUACUUCAAAAAGCUGGAGUCAACAAGAACGACAUAGCUCUGUGGGAAAUCAAUGAGGCAUUCAGCGUAGUAGCUGUGGCUAAUCAGAAAUUACUCGACAUCGAUCCUGCCAAGGUGAACGUUCAUGGUGGAGCUGUCGCGCUUGGACAUCCUAUAGGCAUGUCAGGAGCACGUAUUGUGGUGCACUUGGUGCACGCUCUUAAAGCUGGAGAGAAAGGCGUUGCAUCAAUCUGCAACGGAGGCGGCGGCGCGUCAUCGAUCCUGAUUGAGAAAUUGUCUCAUCCAGUAUCUUCCCCACCAAAAUUAACGCUUUACACGAAAAAUCCAUGUCCGCUUUGCGACGUUCUAAAGAACGAGUUGCGUACAAGUUUCGCUGGUCGUUAUCAGUUGGAAGAGAUCGACAUCACCGCGGAAGGAAACGAACGGUAUUUCGGAUUAUAUAGAUAUGACAUACCAGUCCUAUUUUUAGAAGGUCAAUAUCUAUGUAAACACCGAUUAGACGCUGAUCUGUUAAGAAGAAGGCUCAAAAAAAUCUCUUCAGAGUAAGAUAUUUAUUAAUCUUGUUACAUGUCAUGUAAAAUGUACUAAAAGCCAUGUAUAUGUUUUUCUUGCACUGUGCAAUUUUUGCCCAGCCAGGAAAACUUUGUAAAUUAUUUCAUAUUUUGUAUCGUACAGUCGAUAACUUAUACAGUCAAAUAAAACAUUUUUUAAGCCAUUUUCCGAUCUAGCUUUUAGAUCAUUAUCACAGUGAUUAUUUCCACUUCGUUACAAAAGUUAAGCAAAACCCAUAGUUACUUAAAUAGAUAUAAUAUCGAUAAAUAUAAAUUUUAAUAAAGCGCGGUAUACGCGAGAAUGAUCUGCGCAUCGAAUCGCGAUUGUAAAAAUAUAACGAUUGGCGUAUACCUUCAUAUAGAAUAACAGCAAUAAUAAAAUAAAUAGAAGUUUUGUGCAACAGAGAGAGCAUUGAAUAUUUCGAAUCUAUAUCGAUGAUAUAUCCUUCCUGAUCCUUUUGUCUUCUCUUUCUAUUGUUUAACAGCAUCGCUAUAUUUGUCUAAUUUAAUUGAAUAUUUUCAAAACGAAUCGAUUCUCGCGAUGAGUGUCAUGCACGAUUCAACAGCAUGACCAAGGCAAUCGUGAUUCUCGCGUUCGUCUUGGCUCGUUCACCUUACCUUCUUCGAUUCCACCCUCCCUUCGUCUUCUUCCUCCUUCCGACCAUCGCGUCUCUCUCUCGGGCUUGCGGUGAUACCCCUUUCUCCACAAUAGACCGAACCCGUUUCAGUCUUCUUGUCCCGCCACCGUGCGCGCGUGCGUGCAUGCGUGUGGGUGCGUUGGACGUGGCGGUGAAUUGGUGGAUGCACGAACUCGCGGUCCGUUCGUCGGGCGGUUCGUCGUUCUUCCUCAGUGCGUGCCUUACGCAAGUACCGUGAAGUACUCGCCUUUCGCGGAACGGUUGCGCGGCACGCGCACGCUGCGAAUAGAAGAGAAACAAUUGACAGAGAUAAGAAAGGAAAAGAAGAAAAGAUUACGUUGCAAAAGGGGAGGGGGCGAACGCGUGACAACAAAGAAAGAGCGAGCGAUGGGGAAGCAGAGCUCGGCGAACGGAGAAACGUGUUAACGGACGAAGAAAAACAAGCGAGCGAGCGAGAAAAAGAUAAACCGAGGGAGAAAGAGUGUAGAGCAGAGGGAGAGAGAGAGAAAGAGAGAGAAACAAGCGAUCGUUCUCCCGAGGCGAACCGCCAGCGAAGGGGGCGAGUAUCUCUCGCGCGCGUCUCGCGAGUGUAUCGCGAGUGCUCCGUGUUUCACGGCACUUGUGCACGGAUCGAUUUAUCGACGCCACGCACAGAGAA